AUGACUUCACGAAUAGAUACCAUCGGUAAAAUACAAAUUACGAAUCGUAACAAGUCGUCUAUAUUGGACAAAUCUCAGAGUCUCAGGACAAGUGUUAAAAUUGGAAAAAAAGAAGAUCAGGCGAGUGACUUGCUUAACUUGGGGUCAAUAUACGCAAGGUUGAAUGAUUAUAAGGCCAUCGAGAUGUUCCAGAAAAGUCUUGCUAUCAGUAAAGAGAUCGGUAAUAAAAGUCUUCAAGCAAAAUGUUAUGGUAGCCACGGAAAUGUUUUGUUUAAUUAUUAUAACAAAUAUUCAGAAGCCAUUGUGUAUUAUCAGGAAUGCUUAGACAUUUCAAAAGAAAUCGAUGAUAAACAAUCACAAUCGGUCGCCUUAUUAAACAUUGGCAAAUGCUUAAAUGAAUUACGUCGAUACGAAGAGGCGAAGAAACAAUACGACAUUAGUCUUGCUCUUGCUAAAGAAUUAAAUGACAAACAUAGUGAGGCAAGUAUUUAUCAUGCUAUGGCUGUAAACAAUAUAAGCAGAAAUCAUUUUCAAACUGCAUUAACUUUAUUGGAGAAAUGCCUUGAUAUCGCUUCGACUAUUGGCAAUAAAGAACUGGAGGGUAACGCAUGCUCCGCUUUAGGACAAGUAUACUAUUCAUUAAACAAAGAGAACCAAGGACAUCAAGCAUGUCAUAAUACUGAUGAUAAUAUAGCUAAAUCAGAAGAAUACUUGAAAAAGGCUGUUGUUUGUUUUGAUUUUUUGUUCCUACAUCUCCAUCAACGGGAUCUUUUCAAAGUCUCCAUUUUUGAUAGAUUCAAUGAAACCUACAAGCUACUCACCACCGUUCUAAUCGAAACAAGGCAGCUACAAGAGGCUCUGUUGGUAUCUGAUGGUAGACGAGCACGUGCUUUAGGAGAUCUCUUAAUAUUCAAAUACGCUAUGAUUGAAAAAGAAAUGUCAUUACCUAAGCCAUUAACCUAUCCUGAUGUGGAGGCGAUCUUCUUUAAAGAUGUCUUCUCGAUACUGCAUURCAGCUURYUAARCARCAGUUURGCUGUGUGGGUUUUAGCCAAAGACUCACUGAUGUUCAGAGAAACUGAAAAGGAACAAUUUGAUUCUGCCAUAGAAACAUUGACUGAAGAAAAGGAACAUGGGGAUGAAAACUCCAUGACUCGUUUCUUUACUGCAACUGUUACAAGAGCAUAUGAAAUGAUGAAAAUCCAAGAGAGCGUUACUUGUGAAAACAGAUCACUUGAUGAUUGUGCUACAUCGAAAGAGCACGUCACUACUAAAGCUUCUGAAUCUCUGUCACGUGAUGAUGGUACCAGUGAAGAGACCCUCGAUAAAGCGUCACACCCACUUGAAAUGUUGUACAAUUGUUUAGUUGCACGUGUCAUAUCAAAUGUACGACACGACGAGAUUGUCAUAGUGCCCGAUGGACCAAUGUAUAGAUUACCGUUUGCUGCCCUCAGGGAUCCCAAUACAGGACAGUAUCUGUCAGACACCAAACGCAUUCGCCUUGCGCCAUCAAUAGCUAUAUUAAAGGUUCUAAAAGAAUGUUCAGUGGAUCAUCAUAGCCAAAAAGGAGCGUUGAUUGUAGGAGAUCCAAGUGUUGGAGAAGUCAUGUUYAGAGGMAAGAAACGAWUGUUUGAACGUUUGCCUUCAGCAAAUAGGGAAGUCAGCUUUCUUUCAGUUAUGCUUAAACAGUCGACCAUACUGAACGGCGAACGAGCUACCAAAGAUGCGGUUUUAGAAAAGCUGAAAGAAGGCUCAGCUGUAAUUCACAUUGCUGCACACGGGAGCUCUGACAAUGGUGAAAUAGCGCUGGCACCAAAUGUCUCACCAGCAGAAAGAAAAGGAAUCCCGGAAGAAGAUGACUACCUUUUGACAAUGAAAGAAGUCCAACAAAUCGGAAUCAGAGCUCAACUUGUUGUGCUAAGCUGUUGCUACAGUGGGCGUGGUGAGAUUAGGGCUGAGGGUAUGGUUGGACUAAGCCGUGCUUUUCUUGUGGCCGGAGCUCGUUCUUUCGUAGCGUCAUUGUGGGCAAUCGAUGACAAUGUGACUUUUAGUUUCAUGGUGAGUUUUUACAGUUAUCUGACUCGAGGUGAAAGUGCGAGUGUAAGUCUUCACAAAGCCAUGCAUGAUAUUAGAAAAGAAGGCUACAGGGAUCCCAUGUAUUGGGCUCCUUUCUUCUUGAUCGGUGAUGAUGUCAUCCUGAAUUUGAGGUAA